CGAUGAUAGGAAAUUACGCGUCGGUCGCAGUGCGCGCUCGGCACAAAAUUUUUACUGAAGCUGCUAGAUUUGCACUUGCAACCCCAAUUCCGUCUAUCAAGGCUUCGUGACGGGCGCACUUCGCUAUCUCAUUAGGGUAAUGCACAGUGUGUUCACAAACCUUUUUUCAUUGAUUCUCGCUUUAGUCCCAAGCCAAUUGGUCAGCAUGGUCGACUCAUCAGAUGACAGGCUUCAAGAAGUCCUUCAGGUUGCUGGUCUUUUCAACUUAACCCCGUAUGAUGACGUUCCGAGGUCCACCCAGGUCGGUGUUGGCUUCGAUGCGACCUACUGGUUGCUAUUUUCGGACUGCGUGGAGACCGAUUCCGAGGGAAGUAUAAUGGACUCGCCAAAGAUAGUGGCUGUCGCAACGUCGGAACCCUCAGUUGUAAGACCGAAACCUGAGUUCUCUGCGAGGGUUCGGCGAUCUAGGUUCUGCGCCGUCUGCAACCAGGCCCAUCAGUACCUAUCAAUACCAACUCUUUCUUAUAUCUCAAGCGAAUUUCAGCAAUCCGUUUCCUUCGCGGGUAGAAGCCACACAAAAAGAGAAUUUCCGUCCAGGACUGCGUUAUUUUGGUGUCCUUAUCCCCGAGUAGAGUGAUCAGAAAGGUAUACUGUGGCUGAUAUCGGUG